AUGGCGCCGACUCACAGCUCGCGCCGCCUCGACGGCACACUGCUCGUGCUCGUGGCCGCCACUGCCUUUGUCAGCGCUGCCGCGGCGCGAGGGGAGGCGCUGGCCGCCCGGCACGAGCGGUGGAUGGCCAAGUACGGGCGCGUGUACACGGACGCCGCAGAGAAAUUGCGCCGGCAGGAGGUGUUCGCGGCCAACGCGCGGCACAUAGACGCUGUCAACCGGGCGGGCAACCGGACGUACACGCUCGGGCUCAACCAGUUCUCCGACCUCACCGACCAAGAGUUCGCGGAGACGCACCUCGGGUACCGUCACCAGCGCGGCGGGCUCCGUCCUGAGGACAACACGCCGAUGGCCGCGGUGAACAUGUCCAAGGCUCAGUCCCAGUCCACGCCGGACAGCGUUGACUGGAGAGCCCAGGGUGCCGUCACCCAAGUCAAGUACCAAGGCGCCAACUGCGGGAGUUGCUGGGCGUUCGCGGCGGUGGCGGCGACCGAGGGGCUCGUAAAGAUCGCCACUGGCAAUCUCAUCUCCAUGUCAGAGCAGCAGGUCCUCGACUGCACCGGCGGCACCAACUCCUGCAACGGCGGCCGUGUCAACGAAGCUCUAAGCUACAUCGCCGCGAGCGGCGGCCUGCAGCCGGAGGCAGUCUACGCGUAUAGCGCCCAGCAGGGCGUGUGCCGCAGCAGCGGCGUCAGCCCAAACUCGGCCGCCUCCGUCGGCGCCCCCCGGUUGGAGGGCCUGUACGGCCAUGAGGGCAAGUUGCAGGAGCUCGUGGCCAACCAGCCGGUCGCCGUGAGCGUGGAGGCCACGGAGUUUAACUUCCGGCACUACAUGAGCGGCGUGUACGCCGGCAGCUCGUCGUGCGGGCAGAACCUGAACCACGCUGUGACCGUGGUGGGGUACGGGGUGGACGGCGGCGGGCAGGAGUACUGGUUGGUGAAGAACCAGUGGGGGACGGGGUGGGGCGAGGGGGGCUACAUGCGCCUCACGCGCGGGAACGGCGGCAACUGCGGCAUGGCCACCUACGCCUACUACCCCACCAUAGACAGCUCUUAA